GUACUAAAGGUUAAAUUGAACGUACACAAAUUGCUCUCGACAACGGCGUAGAAGUUAAAUUCAUAAAGUUAAUAUUUUGAUCUGUAAAUUCGUGUAAAAAGAAAUUGGAAAGUAUGAGUUCGGAUGAGACUAAGUUGGAGGCUGCCUACGAGAAUUUGAUGGAGGAGAACAUCAAAAGCCAGUUGGAGAAAAAUGGGACCAUGGCGAUACUUCGAAGUGAAAUGCACAUUAAGGUGCUUCAGAUGAUGCGGGGCCAGCAGGACAUGUCCAAAAAGCGACCUCUUACCGGUGGAUCAGCCAAUUUAUCCCCAGAUCGGAGUCUGAUAAAGCUUAUAAAUCAGCUGGUCAUGGAGUUCUUUCAUUGGUACGGCUACAGGCACACCCUGGAAACUUUUCGCAUGGAGACGGGUGAGAGUGCGGCCAAUCGCAGUGAAAUGGAACAAAGUCUUCUCCUCACACCCGAUUCGAAGGACCUUCCCCUACUGGCUCAACUAGUGAUGCGCGAUUGGAAAUUGAAUCCGGAUGCCAGUAAAGUGGAUCCUCUACAUUCCAUGUCUGAACGUUGCCGCAAGUUGAGAGAGGAGCUCGAAGACCUGCGAACCCAAAAGGGCAUCAAGCAUGAGAAACUUGUUCAGAGCAAUCGAAAGCUCAUUAAAAACGAUCCCCUUAAAAGACCCAUUGCAAUCAAGAAGGCCAAAACACCACCACCUCGAUCAUUCAAGACAGAUAGUUCGAAGGUAAACUUAGAUAGCUCUGAGUCCGAUAUUUUGGACACGGAUUACAGCGAGGAUGAGACGGAAGAUAGUGACGCUUAUAAGGACAUACCCGACAGACAGUUCUAUGUCGAUGACUUGCCACCAGAGGAUAAGUAUGCUCCUGGUCAUGGCGAAGAAGGUCCUUACGAUGCCAAACAACGACAGGCCGAGACUCUAUUCCAGCAAUACAGGCGCGAAGUUAGUAACGACAAUAUUCCAAGUUCAUCCAAAAAACCCAUAACUCCAAAUAGACCAAGAAAUUUACCAACUGGAGGCUUGGCUUUGAGGGAUAAAUCUUCCUCGCGUGGCAAAGAUGAAGGAGUUAAAGAAAACAAAGGCUUCCAUUGGAAAUGCCCGGGAAAAACCCCAACUCGUGGCAAAAAUGGCUUCAAAUCUGAUGGUGAACCUGUUUUGGCUGACAUCAAACCCAAGUGCCCCGAAACCCACAUUGGAAAAAUUGAUUUGGACAGCGAUGAUAGCUUCAAUGAUGAUUGAUUAAUGUCUCAAGACCCUUCCACUAUUUUCAGUUUAAUUUUGUGAGAUGAGCUCCAGUUAUAUUCAGAACUAAUAGUAAAUUCAUAGUUUUUUACAAGUAAUUUACAUAAGUAACAAUUUAGUUUGGCAGCAGCAAUCAUAUUAAAUAA